UUUUCUAAUGCAGUAAACACAUAACGUGUAACAGUUCGAGCAUCUGGCUGUGUAAGGAGCAUCGUCAACUUGAAGAAGACCAGUUGCGGCGCACAUUCUCCCCGUCUUACGAUGUGACGUGAUUAAGACGCGAUUUUUUCAUUACAAAUUGGGAUGAAUUCGCUGCUAUUUCUGCUGACGCUUGCAUUUACUGCAAGACAAGUACUUGCUGGAUGCAAAAUUAUGAUUUUUGACACUCGCCGUGAUGGGAAAUACCUUGCAAGCCACGUGAUAGCGAAUCAUACAGCAGAGGCAGCGAGUAACUGCCGUUACCAUUGUUACGGGAGUGACAGGUGCCAAUCAGUGAAUUAUAACAGUGUGACAAGGCAGUGUGAGCUGAGUGACUCCGACGAGCACCAGGCGCCGCGCGACUUGAUAGACCGAGAGUCGUUUAUCUAUCUGGGAACAAACAAUGCAUGUUCGUCUUCGCCUUGCUCUCCUAACGGUAAAUGUAUAGCGGAUUUCGAGAACAACGGAUUCAAGUGUUCAUGCAAUAAGAACUUCAGCGGGAAAUCCUGUAAAACAGAGUGGACCCCAACAAGUCAACAGACAAUCGACCCGUCAACACCACUUCCAACCGACCCGUCAACACCACUUCCAACCGACCCGUCAACACCACUUCAAACCGACCCGUCAACACCACUCCGAACCGACCCGUCAACAACAAUUUCAACCGACCCGUCAACACCACUUCCAACCGACCCGUCAACACCACUUCAAACCGACCCGUCAACACCACUUAAAACCGACCCGUCAACAACACUUCCAACCGACCCGUCAACACCACUUCCAACCGACCCGUCAACACCACUUCCAACCGACCCGUCAACACCACCUCCAACCGACCCGUCAACAACACUUCCAAACGACCCGUCAACAACACUUCCAACCGACCAGUCAACACCACUUCCAACCGACCCGUCAACACCACUGCCAACCGACCCGUCAACACCAUUUCCAGCCGACCCGUCAACACCACUUCAAACCGACCCGUCAACACCACUUCCAACCGACCCGUCAACACCACUUCCAACCGACCCGUCAACACCACUUUCAACCGACCCGUCAACACCACUUCUAAGCGACCCGUCAACACCACUUCCAACCGACCCGUCAACACCACUUCGAACAGUAAAACCGUGUGACAGCUCUCCCUGUAAGAAUAACGGCACGUGUGUAGACGUCGAUGUCAAAGGCUACCGUUGUGCGUGUGCGCAAGGAUUUACAGGACUUGACUGUGACAUCAUUUCCGUUGACCCGUGCAAAAGUGAACCUUGCCAGAAUAAUGGCACCUGUGCGGCUCUUAGUGCAAGUGAUUAUAACUGCAAGUGUCCGGCUGGUUUUGGCGGAACUGAGUGCAAUUCAACCUGCUUUAUUUCCUUCCCUGCGACACGAAACCCUGGCAACGUGGUCGUUGUUUCGACUGAGGGGGGCGAAUUCAAUGAAUUCGCCAUCUCUUUCUGGCUCAGACUGCAACCCCCGCAAAUUGGAGAUUUAGAAUAUACGGUAUUCUCAUAUGUGAAAGAUGGAGCUGUCUUGAUGUUUUUGAAAUUGAAACCAUUUACUACACAAGCAGUCGUGAAAGUUGGAUAUUACGAGAAGACAAUUUCAUCUAACAUUAACUUCUGGGACAACAAUUGGCACAAGUUCUGUAUGACCUCAUUUCGCUCAUUUAUGUUGGGUUUUUUUGGAAUAAACAUAAACCUCUAUGUAGAUGGCGCACUUCAGCAUGCGUACAAUUACUAUUAUUACUUUCAAAAGAUUGGAGUACAGGGAGCCCUGUAUUUGGGGCAAUUGUACACAGUAAGUGGGAUGACCAGCUCCUUUGUCGGUGAUAUCAUGUCGUUUAAUAUGACGACUGGAUUUGAUGUUGCCUCUAUUAAUGGCAAGGAUUGCAGUGAAAUAAUCAUACAGAAUUCUUGGGUUUCGUGGCAGUCCAUACUAGAAAACGGGGCAGUGCUUAAGAAAUGCGAGAGACUAUCGGUUUAAGGUAAAAAAAUUGGCUGUAUUGCAUCUGAACGACUGACGAAGUCAAGUUACCGUGAACUUUAAAUCUUGCAUGCUCUUAUUCAUAGCAGGCUCUAUUAUAUUGCUCUACUCACAAAAACAUAAGCUCAGAUAAACUUGAGCUAGUGGGUCUUACAGAGCUUUGCAAGCGAAUAGCAAUUUGCCUCAUCAAGUAGGGUCACGUUUACACUGGGCACACGUCAUUGGGAAGGCCAAGUCUUGUGAGUACAGAAGUUAAGCGUCGUCUCGCCCUGGUCAAUACGUUUCACAGUCAUUUUAGUAUCAGCAGGAGAAACACCAGAAAACUGGUCAGAACUUUAUCCUCAGUGCAGCUUGAGGGGCCACGCCGAUUCCCCUGCACUCUUCGCUGUCUACGCGACUGCAAAAAGCUAAAACGUGAGCGACACAAUUCGUACAAGGGCACUGCGAAGAAAUUUGUAAAUAGAAAGAAGCAAGGUAAUGUAUGGUCCAAUGUAUGGUCCAUUCUUCUCUCCUUAUAUAUCAUCAAGCUUAUCAGAGGUUAGGAUAUCGGCAAGGCUAUUCUAGAUAUUCUAGAUGUUGUUCUACAAAUUUGUAAAUAGAAAGAAGCAAGGUAAUGUAUGGUCCAAUGUAUGGUCCAUUCUUCUCUCUUUAUAUAUCAUCAAGCUUAUCAGAGGUUAGGAUAUCGGCAAGGCUAUUCUAGAUAUUCUAGAUGUUGUUCUACAAAUUUUGACACAACAUAGUACACCUCUAAUCUAAUUACAAGAAAUUAUCUAAAAUAAGGUAGUUGUAACUCUAUGUCUCGAGCUGUCGUACCAAAAACAAAUUUGGAGGGAAAGGUAACCGUUAUCCCGGAGAAAUAAUCAAAAGCAAUAACGCGGAUCCAGAGGACGACCCUACUUUCGGGCGAAAUUUGAACAUAUUUCGGAGAUAAAAUCAAUCCGAUUUGCUAUACGCUAUACGGUUUUCAUAUUCGUGAUAAAUAGGUCGAGAGCUUGAUGGUGACUCCCAGUUAGAGCACGGGCUAUAGGAAAGUUUUACUCCAAAGUAAUGUUUAAUGCGAUGUGGUCGAGUUACUUAUUUUCCAAGGCGAGGGAGGUUACACAGCGCGGCUUUGAAAGGUCUUAAGCGCGUGGGGACAGAGCUCGCUGGAGGAGCGAAACUAAGGCAAACUAUGGCCGCUCGUAUUGAUCGCAUAGGGGCGUAUUUUGAUUUCGGUGCCUUCCUUUUGUCGAGCCGAAGUGAAAUACUUGGAGACAGCAAUUCAGCUCCUCUUUAGUCAUUUCUUUUCUUAUUCAAUAAAAGAUACUAAAAUUCUGUUUGGCUUCCAUUCUGCAAAAUGGAAACUUAUUG